UCUCCUGGGGGACAAAUCCAGAGGAAAUGUGUUCUACACUGACUGGAGCUUGGGGAUGACGUGUCCGUGGCUGAGAGGAUAGAUGUUCAUACAUCCUCUCUUUAUCAUUAACCAGAUAGGAAACGAUUUCACCAUUAUAAAAAUAAUAAUGAUCUAAUUCAGUGCAUUUCUAAAUCUAAGUAUUUGAUUAUUAUUUUAAAUAUUUGUUUUACUAAAAUAAAUGUUGUUGAGAAUCUUACUUUUUUACGAUCUUUGUUGCGGAGUGAAAUGGGCGGAGUCAACUGAGAGAAUAAUCAAGAUGGCGUCCUUCACUGAAAGGAUGGCUGCUGUCUUGGUGCUUUGGCUGGCUGUGUGCCUCAGUGGGACCUGGGCAGUGGACAAGGGCAACUUUAAGACCUGUGACCAGAGUGCCUUCUGCAAGCGUCAGCGAGCAAUAAAGCCUGGUGAGUCUCCCUAUCGAGCCUUGCUGGAGACCAUGGAGCUGACCAACUCUAGACUCACCCUGCAGCUCAUCAAUGACAACAACAAAGUGCGUCUGCUGCUGGAGCUCUACCGCCUCCAGGGAAACAUGACACGGGUGAAGAUUAACGAGCUGAAGCCACUGAAGCCUCGCUAUGAGGUCCCAGACGUGCUCAUCAGGGAGCCACCUACGGAGCCCCUGUCCCUCCUGUCUCAGGAUGAGAACGGGGUUGUCCUGUCCCUCGGAGCUGAGUCUCAGAGGGUCAUCGUCAGCGCCCGACCCUUCAGGCUCGACAUCAUGGAAGGCCGAGAAGUCCUGAUGUCGCUGAACUCCCGCGGCCUGCUGGCCUUUGAGCACCUGAGGAUGCGCAAGGACACUCAGGCUGACCCAGAGGGAGAGAAGAAAGAGGAGGCUGACCCGGCGAACCAGGCCGAGACAGCAGAAGCAGAGGAGAAAGACGAAGACGGAAUGUGGGAGGAAACGUUUAAAUCACACUCUGACAGCAAACCUAACGGUCCAUCUGCCAUCAGUUUAGAUUUUUCAUGGCCAGGUGUGGAGCAUGUCUAUGGCAUCCCCGAACACGCAGACACCCUCAGACUCAAAACAACAGAUAACGGAGAUCCUUAUCGACUCUACAACCUGGAUGUGUUCCAGUAUGAGCUGUAUAACCCCAUGGCCCUCUACGGUGCUGUCCCAGUCAUGUUGGCCCACAAUGUGCAGCGGACUACAGGCAUCUUCUGGCUCAAUGCUGCUGAAACCUGGGUUGAUAUCAGCUCCAACACAGCUGGAAAGACUGUGUUUGGGAAAAUGUUAGAUUAUGUGCAGGGCUCCAGUGAGACACCGCAGACAGAUGUGCGUUGGAUUUCUGAAAGUGGCAUCAUUGAUGUCUUUAUCAUGCUCGGACCGACACCCAAAGAUAUCUUCUCCCAGUAUGCCUCCCUCACAGGCACUCAGGCUUUCCCUCCCCUGUCUGCUCUGGCCUACCACCAGUGCCGCUGGAACUACAACGACCAGGAAGAUGUGCAGACAGUGGACGCAGGCUUUGACGAGCAUGACAUCCCCUACGAUUUUAUCUGGCUUGACAUCGAGCACACAGAUGGCAAGCGCUACUUUACUUGGGAUCCACACAAGUUUGCAACUCCAAAGGAGAUGCUGCAGGGUCUCUUGGAUAAGAAACGCAAGAUGGUGGCCAUCGUGGACCCACAUAUUAAAGUAGACAGCAACUACAAGAUCCACAAUGAAAUCCGCUCUCGUAGUUUCUACAUCAAGAACAAAGAUGGUGGAGAUUACGAGGGCUGGUGCUGGCCUGGUAGUGCUGGCUAUCCAGACUUCACCCGUGCAGACAUGAGAGACUGGUGGGCGAGUCAGUUUGCAUACGAUCAGUAUGAGGGCUCUAUGGAGAACCUUUAUACUUGGAAUGACAUGAAUGAGCCCUCUGUCUUCAACGGGCCAGAGGUUACCAUGCACAAGGAUGCAGUGCACGGUGCCUGGGAGCACCGAGACGUGCACAACAUUUAUGGUUUCUAUGUGCAAAUGGCCACAGCUGAGGGUCUCAUCCAGAGGUCAGGAGGAGUGGAGCGACCAUUUGUGCUGACCAGAGCCUUCUUUGCUGGGUCACAGCGAUAUGGUGCUGUAUGGACAGGAGAUAACGCUGCUGAAUGGGACCAUCUGAAGAUCUCCAUCCCCAUGUGUCUGAGCCUUGGCCUGGUUGGAAUCUCUUUCUGUGGUGCUGACGUUGGUGGUUUCUUCAAGACACCAAGCACUGAGCUGUUGGUGCGUUGGUACCAGACGGGGGCUUACCAGCCAUUCUUCAGAGCUCAUGCUCACCUGGACACACCUCGCCGUGAACCCUGGCUGUUUGGCCCUGAAAACACCGCACUGAUCCGUGAGGCUGUGCGCCAGCGCUACACCCUUCUGCCCUACUGGUACCAGCAGUUCUACAACACACACCACACUGGAGAGCCUGUUAUGAGACCCCUGUGGGUGGAGUAUCCUCAGGAUUUGGCUACUUUUGCUUUGGAUGAUGAGUUCUUGAUAGGGAGAGACUUGUUGGUACAUCCAGUUACUGAGGAGGGAGCCAGGGGAGUGACUGCAUACCUGCCUGGUAAAGAUGAGGUUUGGUUUGACGUCCACACUUUCCAGAAGCACAACGGGGCCCAGAACCUCUACAUUCCUGUCACCAUGAGCUCUAUCCCAGUGUUCCAGCGUGGCGGCUCCAUUAUUCCCAGGAAGCUCCGCGUUCGCAGGUCCUCCACCUGCAUGGAGCAUGAUCCCUACACCUUACAUGUGGCUCUUAACCUGCAGAGAAAUGCAGUGGGUGAGCUCUACAUUGAUGAUGGCCACACCUUCAACUAUGAGAAGAGGCAAUUCAUCCACAGAAGACUUUCUUUUGCCAACAACAUCCUGUCUUCUGUUAACCUGGCUCCUGAUGCACAGUGGUCCACCCGCUCCUGGAUUGAACGAGUUGUCAUUCUGGGAGCCAGUAAGCCCAGCAAGGUUAUCCUGAGGACUGCUGGUGGACAGGAGAGCCAGGUAGAGUUUGAGUUUGACGCUUCAAUGUCCGCGUUGACGCUUCGUAAGCCAGGUAUGAACGCAGGGGAAGACUGGACCGUGACACUUCAGUAACAACGGAGACAGAAGAUGAUGAGGAGGAGAAAAUGACUGAACUGGACCGAUCAAGAGAGAACAGACGCAAGGCGCUGAUACUGACAACUAACUAAAAGCAAGAAAACAGAUUAGUGAUCAUGGAAAAUAAAGAACACGAACACACUUACAUAUACACUGGUCAAUGAUCAAUCCAUUCACACAUACACAUAAACCAUGUAGAUCUGUUAGUAGAGCUGAGCCAUAUAAUGUUAUGUCUCUUUGUGUUCAGUCACACUGUAAUACCCGACAGAAAAGGUUCCUGCUAGUGAUUAAUUAUUUUUGUCAUAUUUUAGAUGAAAACAAAGCAAGUCAAGUCAUGUGAUAGUAUUGAAUCUUUGGGUUUUAGAAAGAAAACAUUGGGGCACUUGUUUCUGUUUUUCUUUGUUUAUUUUUAAUCACUUGGUUGUCUGCUGCAGAGGAAGGCUCACUGUGGGAGGCUUGUUGCAGUGUAAAAUGAAGGCUCACAUUCAAAGCACACGCUCCACCUGCUGGUGGUUCCCUGUAUCUGUUUCUGACUCGAUGCUUUUCUCAAAAAGUCAUUCCAUUUGUCUCUUAAGCCAAGCACUUCAAUCAUUUAGGGCGCAACCCUCUUUUACUCAUGCUACAUUUCAUAUUUGUGGAGGGAUUGCAACAAUCAGCUGCGUGGCUCUACAAAACAACUACUUGAAUCUUCCUGAAGCCACAAAACGGAAAUGAGUCAUCAUCUGUCUUACCAUUCCUUUCCUGUUCAUUCUUGUGUAGCCUUUCUUUAAAUUUGUGAUGAAUUUGUGUGCAUGGAAAUGAUUCGUCAUCACUGCUUCACAGUGGAAUGAUCAGGGUGUUAAACUGCUGCAGAGAGAGAGGAUUUUCAGCUGUUCCUUGGAGCUAACUUGGCAAUGGGAAUCACUUCAGAGGACAAACCACUGAUGUUUGUGGAUCAUCCUGAUGAUGUGCUUUCUUUGUUUUAUUGAGUUCUUUUCCCAACAUUGUUUACUAGAUUAUUUUUAAUGCACUUAAGAAAGAUAGAUAGGUUGUUUAGAUUUUCAUGUGUUACUAGAUGUCGGGACAGAGCAGGAUUCCCAGUUUUUCAUUUGGAUCUUACUGAAAAGUUUUAAUGUAACCCUUAAAAAGUGUUUCACAAUUAAACAUUACUUUCUUCAGGGAUAAAUAAAUGCUUACUGCCCACUGAUCAAUCAUAAAUGUUUAAAUGAUUUUCUGGAGACUGCAUUAUGUCCUGACUAGUCAACUCCUCUGACCUUUUAGGGGUUUUGUUUUUCUACAAGUUUGUCUCCUUGAUUGUUUUUAUGAUCAUUAAUGUACGUGUUGCUUCAGUUUUGUUAAUGAUGGCUUAAAUUGAAGAAACGGAAGUGAAGGAACAAACUUUGGCUGUCAAUCAAAGUUGUCAGAUCUACUCAAAACGAUGAGACCAAGUGAAAAUAAAGUUGACCAAAUUAAAAAAGAAGUCCCUGGUUUUGAA